AUGUUGUCCAAACUUUUUUUUCUGUUGAUAUUCUUGCGAAUAUCUUUACUGGAUGGUGAAAAAGCUUCUCCAGAUAUCGAUGAAAUUCAAUUGGAUGAUAACUUUGAUGCAAGGUUUGUUUCUCGUUCGAUGUAUUUUUCUGGAUUGUUUUUUGAGUGAUAAGUUAAAAAAUAUAGGUAUAAAGUCAGACUCGGAAUGUGUCCAAACACUGGUACUGUAGCUACAGUAACCUAAACUUUUUUAAAAAUCGAAGUUAAAAAUUUUAUUAAAGAUAAAUCAGUUUUCAUGGGCAGUUUUCAUGAGCUUGUGAAUGGCAUUUUUUUCAAAACAAUCAGAAAAACAAAUUGAGAAAACCGCCGAAAAUUACGUUUCAUUGUUUUCGCAGAUAAUUUUCUCCAAAAAUGUUAUUCUUUUUGAGCGUUUUUUUUAAAGUGAAUAGAAAAUAAAGUAAGUCUCUGGGCAAAACAAUUUGACAAAUCUUAAAAAUAAUAGGAUAAACAGGAUGAUGCAAGUUCAACAACUUCUAAAGAGUCCAGAAUUUUUUAAACCGAAGGUUAUAUUAAAACAAGAAAUUGAAUCAAAACAUGUAUUACAAAAACUAAUUGUAAAUUUUAAAAAUUUAAAAAUUCAAUUUCUAAAUGCCACGUUGAAGUUUACGUGUUUUUAGGAUUGAAAAAUGCAUUCAAAACAUAUUGAAGAAAAUAUUCACAAAAUUCUGUAACAUGAAAUAAUUUUGUCAUCCAUCUGGUUGUUAACUUCAACUUUUUUCUGAUUCCAGAGCUCGAAUUUUGAUGGUCGAUGGAAAUAUCAUAUUUCACGCUGGAUACGCAAAGAACAUCACAUUUCAUACAAAUGGCGGUGGAGGUGGAAUAUUUAUUAAUCAAACCGAUCUGACUCGAAUGCCUCCUUAUGUAAAUAUCCAAAACCGUUCAAAAACAAUAAAUGUUUUUUCCAGGUUUCUUUCUUAGCUUAUGGCGAUCGUUUGAAUAGUCUUGAACAAAGUGAAAAAGUCUCCAAAACUACAACAGUUAAACUAACGCAAUCUCAACGAGCAGUCGCUAUUGCAGUUCGUGGAUUGUAUUUAUCUGUGAGUAGUUUGAUAUCUCUAACAAUAUGCAAUAAACUUUUAUUUUACAGUAUAAAAAUGUGUCGAGUGAGUUGAAAAGUUUGCGGAAUUACAAACGAGCCAAAGGUGUGACAGAUGCAAGACAACGAGUUAUGAUUCGGAAUCUCAAUGAAAGAGUAAAGUAUGUAUACUGUAGAUCAGUUUGUGAUUUUUGGGAACUAUCUUUCCAAAAUUUUCGAAAGUCAAAAAAAUACCCCACUUGAGCAACUUUGAAUGUAAAUUAUAUUUUUCAGAGUAUUAGAAGCAGAGAAAGAGAAAAAGGCUUGCGAUACACAUCGAUGUGAAAAUGGUGGAACUUGUAUAUCGCAAGGUGGUGAUUCAUUUCUUUGCCUUUGUCCGCCACAUUUCAGUGGUCAACGCUGCGAAGCGGAUAUUGAUGAGUGUGAUGUUUACGGAGGUACUGAAUUAGGAUGUCACAAUGGAACUUGUAUUAAUACUCACGGUGGAUAUCGAUGUGAAUGCUAUGCCAAUUUUUAUGGUACCCAUUGUCAGUUAGAAAGUGCAAUAUGUUCGAAAUCAACUUCUGAAGAAUUAUGUGGAACUCAUGGACAUUGCGUGGAAACAACUUCAGGUUUACAAUAUCGUUGUCAAUGCGAUCACGGUUAUCAACAAGCUGAUCCUAAAACAAAUCCAACAUGUGUUGAUAUCGAUGAGUGUACUUCAGUUCCCUGUCAUCCUGGAAUUGAGUGCUUGAACUUACCAGGAAGUUUUCAAUGCAAUGGAUGUCCACUAGGAUAUAAAAGUGAGUUUGAAAAAGAAUUAUUUGUACUUCUUAUCAAAAUUUCAGUGGAAGGUAAUAAUUGUCGUGAUAUUAAUGAAUGCGAUAAAGAAAAUUCUUGCGAUCCAAAUGUUCAAUGUAUCAACACUAUUGGUUCUUAUGAAUGCACACCUUGUCCUCCGGGAUAUUCUGGUGAUAGUAAGAAGAAAUGCACAAAAACUGAUCGUUGUUCACCGAAUCCUUGUCCAUCUUUGGCAACUUGUAAGGAAAAUGACGAAGCGAUGAAUGUUAAUGGAUAUAUUUGUACAUGCCCUCAUGGUUUUACUGGAGGAUCGAUAAAUUCAGAAGGAAGACCAGAAGAAUGUUUGAAAUCAAAUACAACAGUUUGCGAUGAUCAUAAAUGUGUGAAUGGCGGAAUUUGUAAACCAUUAGACGAUUCAAAUUCCAAAUGUGAAUGUGGGCGAGAUUAUAUCGGGAAGUUCUGUGAAAAAGGAUCACCUUGUUUCUCGAACCCUUGUCGAAAUGGAGGAGUUUGCAAAAUUCAAGAGGAUGAUUAUAUUUGUCAAUGUCCUCUCAACUUUUUCGGUGAAAAUUGCGAAAAUCAGGAGGGUAUUUUCGAUACUCAUGUCACAAAUGAAAAUGGUACUUUUGAACAAGAAAUCCCAGAGAAUUCUACAAACCAUGUUCGGAAUCUCUAUUUCAAUAUUCCACAGAGCAAUUCAGCAUUGAAAAUUAGUUUCAAUUCUUUUGAAAAUUUUCGAACAACUAUUCCCGGACCAACCGACUGUGAAACUACACUUGGAAAAUUGAGUGUAAGUUAUGGAUGCUGAGACUUCUGUUCUAAAAAAACGAAUUCCGAUUUUCAGUUAUACGACGGGCCUGGCGAACAUUUCCAACUUCUGGCAACAUUUUGUGGAGACGCAAAUACUGUUCAUGUGAGUGAGAAAAUGAAAAAUUUCCCAAUUAUGACUAAUUCAGGCUCCUUUGAUCAACACACCAAUAACACUGACUUCAACAACUGCGCUUCUUCGUUUCAAAGGAAAAACUGGAGAUUAUUCGGUUAGCUGGAAAACUGUCAAAAGAGGUAAGUAAUGAAACUGAAUUCAUAAAUAAUGAAAACAUGAUCAGAUUGUGGAUAUCGAACUUCAAAACCUGAAGGGAAUUUUGGAAGUUCCUGAUAAUAAAGAUGAUUUGGUUUGUGAAUGGUAUAUUUCUGCACCGGCUGGAAAAGUUGUGGAAUUGACAAUUCCAAGUUUGAUUAUGGCUUCGAGAAACGAAUCAAAAUGUAAUAGAAAUCAAUUAUCAGUUUUUGAUGGUUAUUCAAAUUAUGAUGCACAUCGUAUAAUUCAAGAAUGUUCUGAUAUUGAAGAACCAAUGGUUAUAAAAUCAACAGGACCGUAUUUGACUGUCGCAUUUUCUUCUAAUAUUUUCACAAAUGUUGAUAAACCUAACACUAUCAAAGGAUUCACAAUUGCAUACAAAUUUCUGGAUUCGGAUAAUUCAUGUGGUGGAGAUAUUAUUAAUAGUAAAGAUGCAAUUGGAUUCACCGGAACAAUUCAAUCACCAAAUUAUGGAAGUUUAUAUCCACCAAAUAUGGAUUGCACUUGGAAUAUUUUCGCUUCAUCAUCUGAAAAUAUAACUCGCGAUGAUCUUGUUAUCAAGCUAACAUUCGAUGAAUUUGAUGUUCCAUCCGGUUUAGAAUAUCAUUCUGAUCCAGAAGGAGGUGUUCUAUUAAGGCGUCAUCCUCGAUUCCGACAUCAUCCAUUCCUUCGUGAACCAGUUCUGUUCAUCAAAGUAGCGUGUAAAGAUGAUUAUGUUCGAAUUUACAACAUUGAUGGAACUAUGAUUUAUGAUGCUUGUAAUCGACAUCGCCCUCGAAAUGAGAUGUUUAUUGAACAAUCAAAAACUGUUAUAGGAUUCCAUUCAAAUAGUGCAACUCAAGGAAAAGGUUUCAGUAUUAAUUAUGAAGUUAUUUGUCAGAAAACAUUGGAGGGAAACGGAACUGUUCAAUCGUGGAAUUUUCCAAAUGGUGGACCAGCUGGAAAAUGUACAUAUAUCAUAAAAGCACCAAGAACCCACAUUGUUCAAAUCAAGUAACUUUUUUCUAGGGCAGUAAAAACAGGGUGUUCGGGUUCCGGAAUACACUAUUUUGUGUGCACACGAAUACACUUUCACCCGAACACACUAUUGUGUUCGUGUUUCUUAAAAAGUUUUCCAAUAAAAAUGUGUUUCAGAUUCGAAACAAUUUUCCUUCAAACUUUGACGUGGGGACAAUGCAUGUCUUUGAAGAAUACUAGUGAAAUUGAAAAUUAUAUUGAAAUCGAGGGAGGACGUGCAGAUAACACACUGAUCAAUCGACGGUUCUUCUGUCCUAAACAACCGCUGACUGAAGACAGUACUUUGUCGAUUCCAGCCUCAAGACCAGUAAAAAUAAUAGUGAGCAGUGAUGGUAAUGAGAAAUUCAAAGGAAUUUCUUUUGAAUACACAACAGUUGAUAUUGGUUGGUACUUUUUCAAAUAGAAAAUGUUUUAUUCUUGAAUAUUCUAGGUUGUGGUGGUAUUUUUUCUGAGCUGUCUGGAACUAUCACAUCUCCAAACUAUCCGGAAAAAUACCAACAUCAUCUUCAUUGUGUCUAUGAAAUAAUUGGACCAAUGUCAAAAUCGGUCAAGCUCACAUUCGACAAUUUUGAUUUGGAAUCUACGAAUACUGAAACAUGUGAACAUGAUCGUGUUGAAGUUUAUACAAGAUAUAUCGAUGAGAAGAGACACGGUAAACUUAUCGGUAAAUUCUGCGGAGCAAUGAUUCCACCGUUGAUGUUCAGUAAUAUGGGAAGAAUGGUAUUGGUAUUUAUCACUGAUAGAUCUGUAUCUUCGCAAGGAUUCAGUGCAAAGUUGGUUUCACCAGUUUGAUAAUUUAGGAACAAUUUUUCAUAAUAAUUUUUCAGAUAUGAACUUGUUGAACGCGAUGAUCAUUGUGAUAGAUCGUACACCGACCCUUCAGGAACUAUAAUUUACCAACAAAAUCAAGAUAACGUACACGAAAAAUGUAUUUUCAAUAUCGCUGUUGCUGAUCGUCAAAGAAUCGUUUUGAAAAUGAAUAACAUGACUCUACCCUGCGAUAAAGCUAGAAUAAAAAUCCGAAAUGGUCCGACAGAAACUUCACCGGCAUUCGCAUCUCUCUAUCAGGAAUCAGAAGUUUGUGAUACACAUUCAAUGCCAGUUCUAAGAACUACUUCAAAUCGAGCAACGAUUGUAUUCACUUCAACCACAUCCCAAACAGUUGGUUUCAACAUGAGUUAUGAAGUGAUAUCAGGAGGUUGUGGUGGAAGAAUUGAUGGAUUGAGUGGAAGUAUUUCUGCGCCACAAUAUCCAUUAUCUGAUCGUCGAACAAUGAAUUGUGAAUGGACAAUUGCAGUAGCAGAUGGAAAUAGAGUUCGAUUCACAGUUGCUGAACUCGAUGAUUUGAAAUCAAGUGAUAACAACGGAAAUUGUCCAUUGUUUGCUGGAAAUCGUCUUGAUAUUAUGGAUACUUCUAGACAAGAUGCUAAACUUCUCAAAAGAUUCUGUCAAAAAGAAAUUGCGGCGGAACCAGUAAAAUCAGAUGAUAAUGAAUUAAUUGUUCGAUAUGUUCAAAGUGGUGCUUAUUAUACACACAAACUUUUUGGAUUCCUUGCACAUUUCACAACAAUCUGUGAUGGAAUUGUAUUGACUGAUAUAACUGGAUCAAUUCAAUCACCAGGAUAUCCACAUAAUGUUUAUACAAAUCAAGCGUGUAGUUGGACUAUUCGAGUUCCUCUUGGUAAUCGAAUUAUUAUCCAUGUUCAUCAUUUUGUCGUCGAUCGAAUGACUAAAUAUGGAUAUAAAACUUGCGGUGACAAUGCCUUGAAGGUGAACUCCUAAUGUUAAAUACAAUACAAAAUCGUUUUUUUUUUCAGAUUGAUGAUAUUCAUUUAAAAUCUGCUGAUGUUCAAACUGAUGGAGUUUUGACUACAAAUACAACUAUCAACAAAUAUUGUGACGUCAAUGUUCCACUUGUCAUCAAUUCAAAACACAACGAAGUUCGUCUAACUUAUCAAUCAAAGAAUAAACCAGAAAAUCAAUUUUGGUUGAGUUAUCAUACAAUUGGUUGUGUUGGAGACAUUUCUUCUCCACAAGAUAUCAGAAUUCGUCGAGAUACAAUUGAUGAAGAGUUUGAUAAUUUCGAAUGUCAGUAUAAAAUCACUGCACCCUUUGGAAAGAAAGUUCGGCUCACAAUCAACUCAUUCAAUGUUCAACAAGGACCUGGUGAUUGCACUUACAAAUCUGAUGGAUCUUUCAAAGGGUUGGCUGUAUUUAUGGGUUCUUCAAAUGCUUCUGGCGUGGCACAAGAAACGAUUUGCACAAGUUAUAAGGACAAAGUUAUUGAAUCCCACACUGAUCAAAUCUUCUUGCUAAUGAAAUUGAAUAGAAAUGAUUUCAUUCGAAAUGAAGAAUUUUUCUUCAACGCUGUAGUUGAGUUUGUUGAAGCAAAAGAUAACGAAACUUGCGGAGGUGUUAUAGACUGUGAGUUUGAAAAGCAACGGAAAUAAUGAAAUAUAUUCUAUUAUUUUAGUGAGACAAGAUCAUCAGCACACAAUAACCAGUCCCGGAUAUCCAAAUCCAUAUCCAUCUGGUGUAUCUUGCCGAUGGUUGUUUAUUGUCAAUCCAGGAAAUCAUGUUCAACUAAAUUUAGCUGAAUAUCACUCCCCGAAUAAUGAAAAUCUUCUUGAUGGACAUUCUAUUGCAAGAUAUGGAUAUCGCGAAAAUACACAGUUCAGUUGUUCAAAAGGAUCGAUGUAUAGUGAUGGAUUAUUGACUAUUUACGAAGGAAAUUUAACGUGAGUUCAUUGAGUUUUUUAAUCGAGUAAAAACCACAGCAAAUUUUUCACUACGCAUUUUCUCAUUGCACAAUUUCACGUGUCGCUACAGUAUUUUCGCAAAAAAAAUUUCUUUUUUGUUUUUGAAGCCGAAAGCGAAGGAAACAUGCUCAAACUAAAUUUUUAGAAGUAGUUGAUAAUUUUUCAAAUAGUAGUAGUUUUUUGAAUCAAAAAUUUCUUGUUUUUCCUGGGAAAAUCGAGAAAAAUAUGGAGAAACGUCAUAUUGAGCGGAGAUAGAAGAUUUAUAAGCAAUUUUCUGUCUUCUGGACCUCCCUCAACCCUUCUUUGCUCAAUUCUGAUAGUGAAAAAUCAACUUUUCCCUGAAAUUCGGGUUCAAAUCCUCAAAAAACGUGUAAAAACAGGAUUUUAUCAGGCUCCGCCCAGAUGUUUGUGCCGCGUGCAAAACAUUUUCCGCAAUGAUUUUUUUAUUUGAGGUCACGUAGAAAAAAAUUUGCUGUGAAAACCAAAAGAAGAAUAAUAAUUUUGAAAAACGAAAUUUUCGAAAAAAAAAACAUUUCAAAGCGUUGACGUGAAAAAAAUACAGUGCUCAUUUCAAUAUAACAAAAAUGAAACGACCGGCUACGCCGGUCUUCCACCAAAUUUGAAAUUUUGCUAUAAAAUGUUCUGUUAUCCAAACCAAAGGCGGCCAUGCUUUUUCUCUAUGCCGCCUAUAUUUCAACUUGUUUAGUAAGUUCAAAAAUGUUCUAGAACUCGAGACUUAUAAUAAUACUAUUACAGGAAGAUCGAGAAAAUUUCAAAUUUGGUGGGUGUUUUUUCAUUAGAAAGCAGUCAUGUUUCCAAACCAAAAAAAAACUCACAUUUUUCGCUACAUCUCUCCCUUUUUCAUAAAAAAAAAAACGUUGAGAAUAUAAGGGCGGCAAUUUGAACGUUUCUAAAAAUUCAGAAAUGAGCGAAACAGAAGUAGGUCAAACGGGACAGACGGAACGCCGUUAAAAUAUAUAAGAAAGAUGUUUAGCAUAAAAACUGUGCGUUUUUAGAACCGAUAAAAUUGUGGAGAAAUUGUGCAGCGAUGAUCGAAAAACAAUCGAAAUAUUUUCGAAUCAAUCACUCGUUAUAUUCAAUGGUGCAACAAAUAUUGUUGGAAGAAAAAGUGGAGCAGAUGAAAAAGAAAAAAUAGGUUUUAUUCUAAAAGCUCAAAGUGUUUGUGGUGGUGUUUUGUAUGCGGAAAAACAAGACAAACGUAUUUAUUUGGAGCAUAGUGUUGUUGGAGUUUGUAAUGUUACUGUGAAAAAAGUUGACCCAGCGGAUACAGAAGUUCAUCUUAAUCUCGAUGUUUAUGAAACCACUAAUAGUUCAGCUCAUUCAAAAAUCUCUGAUCAUAUCAAAGUUUAUACCGAUGGAAAUUUCCGAGGAGAGACACCAAUAUCUGUUGAAAUCCCAGAAUAUUUUGAAGCAGAAAACAAUAUUGAAUUGAGUAUACAUCAUGAAUCAAAUACUCCACAAUUUGCUCUUCUUCAAUAUAGUUCAGAUGAUAUUGCUUGUGGUGGAUUUGUACAUCGUGAUAAAGGAAUGUUGAGAGCGCCGUUGAGAGAUCUCGGAGAAGAAUUCGAUUGUGGUUGGACUAUUUCAAAUAGCCCUGGGAAUACAGUCAAUUUCCACGUUACAUUCCACAAUUUACCAUCUUCAGAAAACUGUACAGAAUCAUAUGUGGAAAUUCGAGAAUUCAACCAAUCAGGAAGAAUUUUGUCACGGCAAUGUGAUUCAAAAGUUAUUGAUACCACUGAAUAUUCCGCUCAAACAGUUUAUGUUUAUUUGAGAUAUCGACCAGAUAAAGAAGCUAUCGAUUAUGACCCGCAGAAAAUUGUAUUUUUCGGAAUGUAUGAAAGAAUUGGAGGUGGUGAUACUGAAUCUCGCUUGAUUCAACCACCAUUUCUGCUGAAAACAGGAUCAUACAUUUGGACUAUUUUAGGAGGAGAGAACACGGUUGGUUUUUAUUUUCUUUAAUUUUUCUAUUAUCAUCUUUUAUAUUUUAGCAAGCUAUGCUUAUAAAAACUAGCAAUGUUUCACUUUCACCAAGUUCUUAUUUGCGAGUUACUCAAUCUUCUGACAAUGAUGAUUCUGAAGAUUUUAGUUAUGAGGAGAUAAGUCGAACAGAUCCGGACAAGGAAAUAUUCCUACCGGUUUCGACAGCAAGUAUUUAUUCUAAGCUGAAACCGACUGAUCAAUUUACGAUAACUUGGGAACCAGUGCCGAAAGAUUAUUUGAAUCGAACUAAGAAUUCAGAAUCGGAUGAAAAAAUUUAUGAUUGUGGUGGAAAUUUGAAUCCGACGUGGGAAUGGCAAUCUAUUUCGAAUCCUCUUCCUCCAGGCCAACCAUAUGGUUAUGAAGAGAAUAUUCAUUGCAGAUGGGGAAUUAUAAAACCACUUUUCCAUGGUGUUGAGAUGAAAUUUGAUUUUAUUGAUCUUGAAGAUGAUCCUGAAUGUCGCUUUGAUUAUGUCGCUAUAAAAUCUGGAUUGAUGGAAAUAACUGAUGAGAAAUUCAAUAAACGUCAAAAACAUUGCUCAAAAUCUAGUCUCAAUCAAACAUUCACAUUCUCUAUGCCAAAACGAAUCUUUGUUCAUUUUGUGUCAGACAGAAGUCGACACGGAACAGGUUUCAAGUUAUCCUAUCGACUGAGUAAGAUCUUUUCACAUUUUUAAACCAAGUUCAUCUGAAACCAAAUGAUAUUACAGCUUGCCAAUCCGUCGAUUUUAUCAAUCCAACAACAGUUUUCGACGAAACACUGUCAAGUCCAAAAUAUGGACAAACAUUAGAAUCUGAUUUGUCUUGUCAAUGGACAAUUAUUUCAAUUUCAAAUCGACGGUUGAGUGUUGAAUUUGAGGAUUUGGAUAUCGUAGAAAAUUCACCAUGUGAAGAAAAUAAUGCAUUAUCAAUUGUAAGUUGAUCAACAAGUUUUGUUCAUGCAACUAACAAUAUUUUUUCAGUCUGAUGGAUAUUUAUCGAGAAACUACGAUGUUAGAAAGUAUUGCGGAACUCUAGAUGGCGAAAAGAUCAACACAACUUCGCACAAUGGACAACUACUUUUGAAAUAUAAAGCAGAAGCUUCCAGCAAACGAGGUUUCAAAGCGAGAAUCUUUGAAAUUGUAACGGAAUGCCCAUCUGGAAUUAUGAGAAUUGAUGAGGAACAUCCGACGCAUGUCAUAUAUUCACCAGAAUAUCCUGAGAAAAUUCCGGCCUCUACUGAAUGUGAAUAUGUUGUGGCAGCGCCAAAUGGACAUAGACUUGCAUUAACUUUCGAUCCAGACAAUUUUGAUAUCGAGGAACACGGUGGAUACAAUGAUACGUACGUUUAUCUUACAGAAAUUAAAAAUAAACAUAGUUGCUAUUGCAGAACAUCCGAUUUUCUCGAAGUUCGUGAUGGACCAUCUCAACACUCUCACCUAAUCGGAAUGUUCAAAGGAACUCGAUCACCAUCAACAAUUUAUUCACAAGGAAAUUAUCUUUACAUGCGAAUUCAUACUGAUUCUUUCCCAUCUGGUGAUAAAUUUAUCGCGAAGUUCGAACUUGCGAAAUGUGGUGGAACUAUAAUAGUUCGAGAAAAUCAAACAGUUCAUAUAACAUCUCCAAAUUAUCCGGAUCCUUAUGAUAUUCCAGUUCAAUGUGUUUGGAGAGUUCGAAGUCCAAAUACACAUUUGCUGUUAGCAAGGUGAAUAAACCAAAAAAAAUUAAAGCUUGACUAUUAAAAUUUAGACUUGAACACAUGUGGCUGUCCUAUUCGAUAAAUUGCACAACAGAAAGCAUUGUUAUUAGAGACGGAAAUGUUACAGCAACUCCUUUAGUGCCACGAAUUUGUAAUCAAAACUUUGCGCCUGAUGACUUCGUGAGAAGUUCAACGAAUGAAUUGACAAUUGUUUUCAAUUCAACAUCAACUAUCAAGGUGAGAAACUUUUUACGGCAGAAAAUGGCGAGAGAGAGUAUAACGUGAAAAAAUAACGUGAAAAAAGAAAAAGAAACAAGAAACAAGAAAAAACUCAAAAAUAAAAAUAAAUAGAGAGUGAGAAAGAAAGUGUGCUCUAUUGACAAUUCCCGCGUGAAAAUAUUUUUGAAUUUUCUCUCUCUUUCUUUUCCCUCUCUCACGUUUCCUUACUCUAUCAUAAUAAAAUUUAUAUUAUUUUUUUCAUUCUUCCAACUUUUUCGGUCUUGCAACAAAUCUGUCCCUAUAAAAAUUGAAUUUUCAGCGAGCUGGUCGACAAUACUGCAACAAGAGAAAAUGCGGUUUCGAUAUCGCUGUGAAACUGAGUGAAAUAAGUGAGUUUAUCAAGAUGUUCAAUUUCACAAAUAUUCAUAUUUGUAUUUCUAGGUUGUGGACAUGACAUAAGCGAUCUCAAAGGAUCAAUCACACUUCCAGGAUAUCCAGGAAAAUUGUUACCAAAUAUGAAAUGCACGUGGAAGAUGAAGGCAAAACCAGGAUUUGUUUACAUGCUCAAAAUGAACUUCACCGACACACCAAAUUACCAUAAUUAUGAUGGAAUGGUUUAUUUUGCACCUGAAAAAUGUUAUGCCGACUUACAAGUUGUUCAAUCUGUUUCAAAAGAUACAUUCUUGGAUCACAUGCGAAAUGAAAGAAAAUUCUGUAAUAAUUCGCUUGUACUUUGGACUGAAACAGAUGUUGCUAAAUUGGUGUAUACUGAUUCACCAACUAAGGAAUUGUUAUCAAGAAAUCUUUCGAGAGAGGAGUCCGAUGUAUUGUAUUCUCCAUUUGUCAUUGAUUAUGUCAUGGUUUGUCUUUUUAUUUUGAAAAAUGUGUUAUUUUUUAUCUCAAAAUGUUUCAGAUGCCAGCAACUCGUAAAAACGAUUGCACAUUCUUGGUUAAUCAAAAUACCUCGUUUUCAUUCUCAAAUGAUACCAAAAAUGGGGAUAUAAAAAUAAAGAGUAAGUUAAAUUCAAAGUAAUCUGGUCAAGUUUCUAUAAAUUUGUUUUUCAGAUGUUUGCCAUUUCGCAGUUGAAAAACCAGAUGAAUUCUCAACAGUCAGUAUAAAAAUCAAUAAUUUUGGAUAUCAGUCGCAGGGAAUUGGAGAGUUGUUCUGUGAUGAUUUUGAUGCUUCGAUUAUUUUGAGAUGUAAGUAGAUUUCAUAUUGUUUUAUUGUCAAAAAGUAUACUUUCAAUUUUUUUAGCUGAUGAACCUGUGUUCAUGGAUCGGAACUUCUGUGAGAGAUCUUCUCAAAAUAACCGUAGUGAUUUGAUAUUUGUCAACAAUAAAAUUGAUAUUUUCGUUCAACAUGAUUUCGAAGAUGCACCUCAACCGGAAUUCUCAAUUGAUGUUGAAUUCCAAAAAUGUGGAGGAUAUAUAAAAGACACAAAUUACGGAAAUAUUACAAGUCCAAAUUUUGGAGAUGGCAAGAAAUAUUUAUCUGAAUCUCGUUGUAAAUGGAUACUUGAAGCACCACCAGGACAAGUUGUAAAGGUAAGUAA